AUGGACUCUGACGCCAGCCUCGGCUCCAGCAGGGCCUCCUCGCCAGAUGUGGAUGACAUGUUUCUCCCUUCAAGGAGAGGUGGAAGCGCGGUGUCCUCCUCCACUAUGAGUGACUCCCCUGCGGAGCUAAGCGCGGAGCUCCGCAAUGCCAUGGCCAUGGCCGCAGCUGCCGGGGACAAGUUGGGGGCAUUUAAGGCAGCAGCAGCUGCGGCUGCUGCAGCAGCAGCCAAGAAAGACAAAAAGCAAAUGAGUGAGCCUGAGCUGCAGCAACUAAGGCUGAAGAUCAACAGUAGGGAGCGCAAGCGGAUGCAUGAUCUGAAUAUUGCUAUGGACGGCCUGAGGGAAGUCAUGCCCUAUGCCCACGGCCCCUCAGUCCGCAAGCUGUCUAAGAUCGCCACACUGCUGCUGGCACGAAACUACAUCCUUAUGCUCACCAACUCCCUAGAGGAGAUGAAACGCCUGGUCAGCGAGAUCUAUGGGGGGCAUCACCACCAUGCGGCAGCAGCAGCAGCAGUGGCAGCAGCAGCCUAUCACCCAUCUGCCUGUGGGGGCAUGAGUCAUGGAGCCCCCAUGCCUGGCCACCCAGUGGCCCACCCUGCCCACCACCCUCUGCUGGCCCCAACAACAGCUUCUCUGACCGGCCUUUCAGGGGUCCGAGCUCCACCACCACCCCCUCCUCCACCUGCACCCCCAGCCUCACACUCCUCCUCUCAUGGCAUGCUAAAGUCUCCAAGCCCAGGCUCUGGUCCUCUGGGUGGAGGGUUUCAUCACUGGAGUGGGAUGCCCUGUCCGUGCAGCAUGUGCCAGGUGCCCUCUUCUGUCCAUCACCAUGUGAGCGCUUCCAGCUUGUCCAGACUCAGUGCUGACAGCAAGUGA